UGUCGGGGUACUGCCACUGUGACCGGGUUAGCGUCAUUAGCUCCUCAAUCAUAUCAGGGAGCGAUCUCACAUUUACAGUGAUUACAGGAAGGAGAGAUGGUGUGUAAGGUGUCCUUAUCGGGAGACAUCACCCCCGUCUCUUCCCUCACUGGGACGUAGGGUCUGUCUGCCGGUAGCGCAGCUGCAGGGCGCAGCGCUAACAGCUGAUCCCUAACGUAAACAAAGGAGCCAUGCGCCGAGUGUCUAAUUACGGGUGAAAAAGUGGAGAGAAAAGAAGAGAAAAGUCAACAUAACUAGCACGGAGCGCUAAUGCAUGAUGGCAGAAUCUGAUUGCUAAGACAUAAGUUAAAGGUUAAGAGAAGUAAAGAGGAAAAUAAGAAAGAAGCUCAGAAAUGAGCAGAGCUAGCUCUGCUCAUUACCUGUUAGCUGCCAUAACAGGUAACACAGUUAAGGUUUCAGCAAAAGUAUUCUGUCAUUUGUUUGCUUGAUCAUGCCUUAAACACAUCAAAAUGCAUAGUGGGAUUAUAAUACAAGUCAAUACUGUGACAAGCACUGGUACCGAAUAGGCAAUCACUUAGCAGCAAGGUGAAUCGGUGAUGCAUUAGUGUGGUCUGCACUUCCUCUUCUUUGAUUGGGUGAAAUGAGUUGAAAGUAAUUGGAUGAGGGAACCAUGGGGAGUGCCCUGCAUAAUUUCAAUAAAACGCCGUUUUAAACGCCGUUACAGCUGGCACAGAACGCCGUAAAAAACGCCGUUUUUAUGCAUCUAUGAACGGCGUUUCCUGCCGAGUGGCGGAAAAAACGGCGUUUUCGUCUGUCUUUGAACGCCGCUUUUUACGUCACUCGGAUGGUGCGUUCAGGGCGCCAUGUGAGAGUCGGAAAAAACGGCGUUUGUCGAAACAGAACGCCGUUUUUUUCGGCGUUUUGAAAAAUUAAACGGCGUUUUUUACGCCGUUUCUUAAUCAAACGGGUUAGAAACGUGGCGAAUUUUGGCACUAAUGGCUUGCCAUACACGUGGGGCGCGUUUGACUCGCGAAGAAAACCAUUGUGUGUUGCAUUUUGUGCACACGCCCGUACCGCGCCAACCGCUGGAGUUGGAAAAUAUGAACUCCAGCGUCAAAUCGCGCCCCGACAACCAAUCAGGAGGCCGGUGACGUGACUGUAACCAGGUCACAGGGGCAGAUCAAACCAAAGCCCUUCAUUCUUCAUUCAGUAUGGAGGAAAAACUCAUCACUGCCGUGGCUAAUCACCCAGAGCUGUAUGAUGCCAGCUGCUACUUCUACCGAGACAGGAAUAAAAAGGACCGAGCUUGGAGGCACAGAAGUGAGGAGAUCGGGCAACCUGUGUUUCUGUUGUCAGUAGCAGUGACAGACUUUCAGACUCAGUGUGAGGAUGGGGCUCACUGUGCUCAGUGUGCUGUCCUUAUUCUUGCUGAAUAUUACCCUCUGCUGUGGAGACGCUCAAGAUGCUGAGCUGAGCCUUAAACCAAACGUGUCCCAUUUAUUUGCUGGAGAGUCUGUAACCUUCAUCUGUGACAUGAGAGAGGGAAAUGCCACUGACUGGCUUUACAAAUUCAACUGGAAUGAUCAAGAAAUGGUCCAAUUCAAUAAAAGUAGCUCCUACUCACUUUACCUGACAGCAGAGCUGAGUGGGAAUUAUCAAUGUAUUGGUCGCCACAAUGGCUUGAAAGAUUUUACAAAACAGAGUAAUAACCUGACUCUGUCCAUAUCAGCACACAGACCCACGGCGACUAUAACAGCAGACAAGACAACUAUUCCAGUGGGGGGCUCAGUGACACUGACCUGCUCUGUUCAGGGCUCUGCUGGUUGGACAUUUGAUUGGUUCAGACAAAUCCCAGAUUCUCAUGAAGUAGCAAAUAAUACGAACACUUCAAAACUGCAAAACUUUAUUCGUGUCUCAGACGAAGGCAUCUAUCGGUGCAGAGGAAGAAGAGGAAACCCAGUUUUCUUCACAAACCUCAGCAAAGUGUAUCACAUUCAGAAAACAUUGUCCAACAGGGCCUUUGUGACUCUGCAACAGAACUGGACUCAGAUAUUCAGCGGUGAGAUGAUCACCAUCAAAUGUGAGAUCCAAGGAGGAGAAAACACUGAGUGGCAGUAUGAAUGGAGAACAACAAGCUCAAAAACACCUCCCACACACAGUGAAUACAACAUCAGCAGGGCUUCAUUUUCCUACAACGGGCAAUAUUGGUGUAAGGGUAGAAGAGACUUGUUCUUCUCAACAGCUUGGAGUGAUGCUUUUACACUAAAAGUCUCAAACAAACCCAGACCCACAAUUACUGCUGAUAGGAGAACAAUACCAGCUGGAGGCAAUGCAACACUCAGCUGCUCUGUGGGGAGCUACAAUGAGUGGAAAUACUUCUGGUUCAGACGUGUCUCAGUCUUUACAGAAAAUCAGGUGAUUAGAAACAAAGAACCAGAUCAAAUGAUCACUGUCACACAGGGAGGUAUCUACUACUGCAAGGGAGGGAGAGGAAACCCCGUUUUCUUCACAGAGGACAGUGAUCCAAUCACUAUUGAAAAAAGAGUUUCCAACAAAGCAGUUGUGUCCCUGGAGCCCAGCUGGCCUCUGAUAUUCAGUGGCGAGAAGAUCACUGUUAGAUGUCAGAUUUAUUUAGGUAGACGCACUGAGUGGGAGUAUGAGUGGAGCAAACCCGACUCAAGCACAGUUCUGGCAAAUAAUGCAUCCAUAGAUGUUAAUGCAUCUGUGAUCAGCAGUGGAAGCUACAGGUGUAUGGGUAAAAACAAACAGGAGCUGUACUCUGUGACAGAGUGGAGUGAUGUCAUCACACUGACAGUCUCUGGAAACAGACCAAAGUCCAGCAUCAGUGCUGACAGUAGAGUCCUUCCAGAAGGUGAUACAGUCACCCUGACCUGCUCUGUGACACCAUCUACUCCUGGUUGGAGUUACUACUGGUACAGAGGCAAGAAAACCUCAGAACCACUGAUGAUGGCAGAAGUUGUUCUCCACUCUGAUGGACAAAUCGGUGUAUCACAGGAAGGAGACUAUUGGUGCAGAGGAGGACGAGGCAACCCAGUUUACUACACAGACUACAGUGAUGUGAUCAGUAUUAAACAAACUGUUAGAAACAGGCCUGCUGUGACUCUGCAUCCAAACUGGCCUGAGGUAUACAGCAGAGAGACAAUCACUUUGAAAUGUGAGAUCCCAGGAGAAGACACUGAGUGGGUUUAUGAGUGGGCAACAAGCAGCUCACAUCAACCUCCAAACCAAAAUGAAUACAAGAUUAACUCUGUUUCUACAUCACACCGUGGGCAAUACUGGUGUAAGGGCAGGAUGAGAAGUGCACAACAGAAUUCAACAAUGUGGAGUGCAUCCUUUCAACUAAAGAUAGUUUAUAAUAAACCCCGUCCUGUCCUCACUGUGUCUCCAUCAUGGCUGAGUCCUGGAGCCUCAGUAACUCUGAACUGUGAGGUUGAACAUCCGUCUGCAGGAUGGAGCUUCUACUGGUAUAAAGCUGUCUGGAUAUUAAAGCCGAGUCACACCGUGAUCCUGUGGGCAAGAGUUGUUAAAGCUAAGUUAAGAAGAGAGGUGACAGUCAGUGAUAUGGCAGCAUGUGGCUUCAUGCUGAGAAAGAAGUAUAAGGAAGGUCAGAGGGAGCUUCACUGUGUCUUUGUGAAUCUAGAAAAAGGAUAUGGUGCCAAGCGUGUGGGGUACUGCAUGAGGAUGUCAGGAGUAGCAAAGAAGUAUGUGAAGGUGGUGCAGGACAUGUAUGAGGACAGGGUGAUCGACAAGAUGACAGAUGAGGUCAUGCAGGAGUCUCUGUGGAUUAUGGUGUUUGCAAACAACAUUGUGAGGUGUAGAGACAGUUUAACAGUGAAGCUGCAACGAGUAGAGGUAGUGAAGGUGGAUAAGUUCAACUGA